AUGACUGACACUCCAGAGUCGUCACCUCGACGACGCCUCACCAGUGCCCAGAUUGCUUCUCACCUGCAAUAUCCGACCUUCCCCCCGUUGACUGCCUCGGUGGAGGAGUGGGUGAUUCGCUCACGACCGACCAACAUGACGUCAGAUCAAGCUUCCGAUCAUCCGCCAAUUUCCUUGAGUGAUAGUUGGGCUACUCUGAGUGUGUCUGAUAUACACUCGGAGGAUGGCAGCCACUCCGAGCAGACCGAUGUAUGCUCCCUCAUUGACCAGACCACCCCCGACGAUGUCGCAAGUCUUGAUGAACGCUACAGUAGCAGCGAGGCCGAGGUGCAGGAUGAAGACAACCAGGAAGAUGAUGGGAUAAUGGGAGAUGAGAUUCCGUGCAGUGCCUCGGUUUCCCAGCAGUUACCAACUCUUUUUCCCUUCAGAAGGAGCACGAUUGAUGACAGCACCACAACCACCAAGCCCACCUUUGCAAAUCCCAGUGACUCGAUCGAGUUCGUGGAGCCUGAGAAGUGGCCCGAGAUCGAGAGAGUGGAGCUCAAGCAUACCAUCCGCAUUUUUGAUGGAGCUGCAGCCGAGGAGUUGAAGAGCCGGUUGCCAUUUAACUCCACCGAUUCCAUCCUCAUGGCCACUGUCCAGCAGACGAUGACCAAGCAAGGCCUCGACCUGGACAAGCCCUUCCGCGUGCUCUACAUCGGGCAGCCCGAGUUCCGACACAUCAUUCUUGAUAAGAUCGGCGACGUUCUAGUAUCAAGCUCAUGUUCCGGCUCGGAGACCAGCUCUGCUGAGUCGUCCCGAUAUCACGUUGUGCCAACUUCGUUUGGUGCAGGGGCGGUUCCAAACUUUGCCGAGCUCCUUCCGAUCCACGUUCAGCUCGUGGUCGAUGAGUGUGUGGAAGCCACCGCCGAUCCUAGUGCGGACCGACCUAAUUCCCUGAGCCUGAAGUUCAAGAACCGCCCGGUGUGCACUUCAACAUGGAAUGGCUCGGAUUACCGGGUAUCGUCUGUGUCAGAUUGGACUCUCCCAGAUGUAGCAAUUAUCUUUGUCUCAGGUCGCGAUGAUUCAAAGGCUAUCAAUACCCAGUAUCUUGCUCACGCCUUCCUGGAACGCCAUGGAAUCCCGGCAAUGAUGAUUUCAGAAGAGCCAUUGUGGAACAUGGCUGGAGAAACGAUCCCUCUUAAUCACAACAGUCUUCACACUUGCUUGGAAUCUCGUCACCCUGAUUCAGGAGAAACGGCAGUCCUUCGACGAUAUCCAAUCGAUUUGAAGACUUUCGAAAGUAUCACACCCGGGCAACUCAACCGAAACCUGGCAUCCCUGGUUAGCCUUUACCCGAAGAAGGCACAUAAAUCCACUGCUGAAACUUUUAACUCGUCCUCGGCCCAAUUCUUUGCCGGUGACGAGAAGUAUAUUGAGAGCUGGCUACCAACUUCCUAUGCCACCCGGGUUCGUGAAUGGGCCCCAACACUACGUUUGGUCGUUUUGACUCUCAUUUCGGCCAUUGCUCUCUCGAUCGGAUACGCCGUUGUGAAAGUGAUGAUUGUUUUCUUGGCGCAGUGCAUUGCUGGAUCGGCUCUUUCUAAUGCGUUCCCUCCCGUGGCAUCUCAAACGUCCUCUUCAUCUGCCCUAUCUCUCGGUAAAGAUGAUCAAGUCUCACUCCCGAUACAAUCGGCAUCUUCUGUGCAUAUGAUGCAUGUUCCUCCUGUCGGUGUCUCAAUUUCCAAUGAGCUCACUUCUCUUUCAGCCUUGGGCUUAGCAAAUCGUGAUGAAUUCGAGAUCCAGGCCGUGGGAGACUGCCACAUCAUUAUCAAACCACCUUCCAGACUUGCAACUGCCAAGAAACAGCCUCGCUUUAAUGUGAGUGUCCAAAGACAAAGCAAAUAUCUGCCAUAUGAGAUAUCUCAAUUGUUUGAGGGGGUCUACAUGCUUAAGCUGGACCGAGAGGAUGCCUACGGGUUAAUCGACGUGACGAUUACAGCCCAGUCCAAAUCCCCAAAUAACCAGACCGUGGCUGUUGACUUUGGAACACCAUGGUUGAAGAUUGCAAGCUGGAGGCGCGCGGCACAAGCAAUUUCUGCACAGUUUACAAAGGACCUGCAGCUGGCUCAGACUGGUCUGACUGAGGUAUACGGUCGAUUCUCCACUGAUUUGCAGGUGGUCGUGGGUGACGUUGUGAAGCGAACACAUAUCUUACGCCGUGACGCUGAGAAUUCAAGCCGGGAUAGCCUCAGUCUACGCAAUAACGUCCUGUCAAGGUCAAAGCAGAUUUCAGAGGUCUUCACCCGCAACGCCCUUCAGCGAUUCCGAACUGCUUCCUCUGUGCUACAACUUCGCUCCAGUCAUGUCAACAGGGAGGCUAAACAGAUUGUUCAUGAUGCAUGGAGUCGCAUUGGAGAGUCAGCUGCCAAAGUCGACCUCCGCAGCAUGAUGGAUCGGGUGCGCAAUGCUCGCAAAUGCGAAACGCUGGAUCGGGCCCAGUCGCGUGCACGACAUGUUCUGGGCCUUGACCCAGGCAACUAA